CAGGACGUUUGGCCAGCAUCCCAAAUUCUGUUUCUGAAUAUGCAAAACAGAAAAGAAGUACCAACAACACUGCUCUGUAGCAUUACCACGAUAAACCUUAAUCACUGAGUGAGUUAAGAGUAAUAAUACUAUGCAUUACCUGCAUUAAACGUCCUUUUUUAAAGCAUUUAAAAUGGCAUAAAUGUUUAAUCUCUGCAACGUUGUCAGUAGCGGACGAAAGACCACAGUCACUGUAUUAAAAGUGUGUCGUUGCCAUGGAAACUGAGGGUAAGGUGAUCAAGUGCAAGGCAGCAGUGGCCUGGGAACCAGGAAAAGCACUCUCCAUUGAGGAGGUGGAGGUUGCCCCUCCCAAAGCUCAUGAAGUACGAAUUAAGAUAGUAGCAUCUGGAGUAUGCCACUCAGAUUGGGCUUACCUGUAUGAUACUGCUAAAAUGAAGCCACGGCCUUUUCCUUUGAUCCUGGGACAUGAAGGGGCUGGGAUUGUUGAGAGUGUUGGUCCAGGUGUCACAAAGGUAUCUAAAGGAGAUAAAGUCAUUCCUCUGUUCCUGCCACAGUGUGGACAGUGUGAACGCUGCCUGAGUCCAAAGACAAACCUCUGCACCAAAAACUGGGACAAAACUCAACAGGGUGUUCUUGCAGAUGGCACCAGCAGGAUCACCUGCAAGAAUCAGCAGAUUUACCAGUUUAUUGGUGUCAGCACCUUCUCUGAAUACACUGUUGUGCCAGAGGACAAUGUCACCAAGAUUCACCCGGAUGCUCCACUGGACAAAGUCUGUCUGCUGGGCUGUGGAGUGUCUACAGGAUAUGGAGCAGCAGUGAACACAGGCAAAGUAGAAUCUGGCUCUACAUGUGCGGUGUUUGGUUUGGGAGCUGUUGGACUGGCAGCUGUCAUGGGAUGCAAGGCUGCUGGAGCUUCCAGGAUCAUCGCUGUAGACAUCAAUCCAGACAAGUCUGAGAUCGCCAAGACUUUUGGAGCAACUGAGUUUGUGAACCCUAAAGAGCACAGUCAACCCAUUCAGGAGGUGCUGAGGAAGCUGACUAAUGGUGGCGUUGACUUCUCUAUUGAGUGUGUGGGGAAUGUAGGAGUAAUGAGAGCAGCUGUGGAAGCGUGUACUCCUGCAGGGGGAAUCUGUGUGAUUGUGGGUUGGAUUGAGGUGGAGGAACUUUCCCUGGCACCCCUGGAUAUCCUACUAGGAAGAACUCUGAAAGGCACUUAUUUUGGAGGUUGGAAGACUGUUGAGGCGGUGCCCAGACUUGUUCAAGACUAUAUGAGCGGGAAGCUUUUGCUGGAUGAAUUUGUGACACACAGACUGACUCUAGAUCAGGUUAACCAGGCCUUUGAUCACAUGAUCACUGGGAAAAGUAUCCGGACAGUGAUUGAGAUGUGAAAUGGCAAUUAUUCUCAAUAUCCUUCAAAACAACUCAAGUAUUUUGGUGGAUUCCUCUAGCUCUCUAAAGCCUCACAGUGUCAGAAGGUGAAUGUCAUUAUGUACUUUGCAGACUAGUAUAGAAGACUAUUUUGCAAUAAAAAAAAGGAUUACAAAAUAAAAGACAGUGAUUAUCUGUCUGCUAAUCCAAAGGUCCCUUUUCACUGCCUGUAUGUAUUGGCUAAAGUAAACAAGCACGGUGAAUUAAAGGUGCCGAAGGAAAGGAGAAGUCACAUUCACUGAAUAAAGCAUUGCUUGAUUUAUUUA